AUGUUUGAUCCAACAAGAAAACACCAUAACCCCAAGAAUUCAUUCGAUUUGUACGAUGAAACAAGACACGAAACAUGGGAAUCUGCCAAUUCUAAUAAUAUGUGGCCGUUAAAACAAACUCAAUUGUGUGUAGAUGAUGACGAUGAACCAGAACGUGAACCUCGAUGGGGUAUGAACUCUCCGCACUACAGAAGUCUUUCUCCUGUUUCGAGAACCGAAGCAAUUAUCAGAGGACAAAAAGAACUCAUGGAAAUGGUUCGGAAUAUGCCUGAAUCAAACUAUGAACUUUCAUUGAAGGAUCUUGUUGAACAUCACUACCGGGAUGUUUCUACCACUGCAGGAGAAAAUAAUAAUACAGAAGAUGAGGAGAAGAAGAAAGAGAAGGAGAAGGAGAAGGAGAAGAAGGUUGAUGAUGAUAAGAAGUUACCUGCGAAGAGAAAUGGAAAAGUUGAGCGUGGAGGGUUCUACCUGAAAGUGGCUUUACCCUUUAUUUCUUUGGGAUCUAAUAAAGAGAAAAAGAAGAAGAAGAAAGAGUCGAAAGUUUCACCUAGACCGUCGAUUUCUGAUGGAUCGGUUAAGGAAAAAGAGUGGUGGAAGAAGAGUACUCCUUUGGUUAAUAAAGAGAGUGAUGAUAGUGCUGCUGAAUCUAGUAUCGUUAGUAAUGGAAGUUUGAAAAGCUCUAUUAGUAGUAGUAGCAAAAGUAGCAGCAGCAGAAGCAGAAGAACAAGAAGUAAUAGCAGCAGGCGCGAGAAGAGCCGUGGUAGUUGCUGGACUAUGUUUCGCAAGUCAAAGAAUCAGAAGAAAAGAGUAAAAGAUUGA